AUGCCGCCGUUGGGUGUCGCGUAUUUGUUGGCGGUCCUGUUGGCGGUUCGGGGAAGCUUUCUUCCUGAGGACAGUUUGCUCAGACAUCCGGACUCGUUGGCUAACCCGGCUCAUCUGGGCAGGGUUGCUCAGACUCUGAAUGACCAGGUGGUGAAUACAUACGACAUUUUUACGAACGACGCUGCCCGUCUGGUCAAUGGUGUUAAGCGCCGGAUAACGAACGUGGCCGACUCCCACUUGGCCGCCAAGGAGGAAAUGGCGCAGGUCGCACAAGACAGCGAGAAGCAUCCGAAACGAUUAGUCGCCUCACUCUUCGGCAUUACCGAUCCCGAAAGGUUCCCCUUGGCGACGUCCGUGCAAGAAUUCAUAGACAGCGGCAUCAACGUCGGUUACAGGGCCGCCUUCAGCCCUAUUGCUAGCACUAUUCGCUUCAAACGAGCCAUUCUCAAAAACCCCACUCCGCUACCGGCCACUCCUGAACCGGUCACUCUUGAACCGAUCCCCGUCGAACUGCUACCCGUCGACCCGGACGCUCCAGAAAUACCCCCUACCCCCGCGGACGAACUGACUCCCGGGAUCGAACCCACUCCUUUGCAACAAGGACCAACGACCAUGCAACCCCGGAUACUGCCUAUGCAGCAAGGACCCAUGGCAACACCUAUGCAAGAAGCACCCACGCCUAUGCAGCAAGGACUGUUCCCUUUGCACCAAGAAUCCAUCCUGAUGCCAUUCCGUCAAAGAAGCAUGCCCAUGCAGCAGCCGGGAAUGAUGCCCAUGCAGCAGCCGGGAAUGAUGCCCAUGCAGCAGCCGGGAAUGAUGCCCAUGCAGCAGCCGGGAAUGAUGCAGCAAGCCGGAGGCCCUGUGCAACCGACGUUGCCCGCACUCAUGUAUUACCAACACCCGAUGAUGGGACCGUAUCCCCCGGGCUAUUACCCGUCUCCUAGCCAGCCCGGGUUCGGCGGACCCGGGUACGGCGGACCCUCGGUCAACGCUGGAAUACAGCCAGUUACUACGGGUCCCGGUCAAACCUUUAUGCUGCAGCCUGAUGGAACCAUGGUCGUGGCGCCGGGCAUAGCACCUGCCGCCCCUACGGAGACGCCCGCCAAGGAUGACUGUAUGGGGGAAAUCGAGCAGACCACCAAGGUGUACAUGGGAGAUGAUGGCAAGCUGCACAUGGACAUCAUCACACCGGCUCCAGGUGAAGGAGAUGGAGGUGACGCGCCCGGUGGAGGUGACGUGCCCGGUGGAGGUGGCCUCCCUUCAGGUCCGACCCCUAGAGGCGGUUUGCGCGCGGGUCCGGGAGCUAGCCCUGGUGGUGGCGCAGGCCCCAUUGGAGGUGGCAGCGGGGACGUCCCGAGUGGAGGUGGAGGCGACGUGCCCAG